AAUCUAAAUCCGACCAUUUUUCAAUUUUUAAAUAUUCUGGCCAAAUUAUUUGCUUGUCUAGCGGAACACCGAAACAAAAUCAGCUACCGCUAGCCUGGUGCAGCUGUACACUAGUGUCAUCGCCUGCGUCGGUGGGUCGUGGAUUUUUUAGAGCUUCGCAAAAGUCAACAACAUCCAAGAACGACUCAAUAUAAAAUUCCGAAACAAAUCAGCGCAGUGCAAUAUCACACCAAGCAGGACACCGAGGGAUAAACACGAAGGCGUUUCAUACUCAAAUAUCACAAACUGCAAACAUGUUUAUCCUGACCAAAAUCGCAGAUCUGGUGCAGAUUGCGCCGAACGACUUUUCGAAAAAAAGUAUUGCGGCAAUUGAAGACAAUAUUAACUCUAAAUACUCAAAUAAGGUUAUUCAAAAGAUUGGUCUCUGCAUAUGUCUGUACGAUAUCUUAUGGACGUCAGAAGGUCUGAUUGGCCACGGAACUGGCCUGGUAAACGUUAAUGUCGAAUUCCGCAUGGUCGUCUUUCGUCCAUUCAAAGGCGAAGUCAUGCUUGGCCGUAUACGCAGCUCAACACCAGCCGGUAUCAAUGUAAGAACAGACUUUUUCGACGACAUCUUCAUCCCGUACGAGGAAUUACCAGUAGGAGCAGAGUACAACCACAGCGAGCAGCUCUGGAUCUGGAACUUUGACGAAGAGCGCCUCUUCUAUGAUAACCACGAAAUGGUCCGCUUCCAAGUAAUCGACGAAGAGUGGCACGAUCAGACACCAGCAGGACCGACACAAUUAGACGACGCUACCGUCAAGACACCGUAUAAAAUCAAGGGCAGCAUGGCCAGAGAAGGCCUAGGUGUAUGCCUGUGGUGGGACGGUGCAGAUUAA